CAUGCCCACAAGAGCAGCACAAGACAACCCCCCGGUUGACUCGAAACGCUACCCAACGUGUUGUGUACGACGUCAUCGCCUGACAUCACACAUAUCAGCACCCCACAUCAAAACUUUCGGUCCCUCGCCGAGGAUGGCAAUCCAAGGUCGCUUGCAAAUGGACGCAUACAUCGAGCAAAGACCUUCCGAAUCUUGUCUCUACAUAAUAGAUUGAUUCUGUUCUCGGUCGAACAAACUCCGUAUCACCUAGCGUGACGGAGAACUCCAUUGAUACGCCCAUUGAACUCAUAGUAUAGUCCACACGGCCACUCCGGACUCUUCCUUAAUAAUAAAACAGAGCCAUCUUACAAUCCACAAUCAGGAAAAGAUGGCACACAAGAAGCCCCUCCGGCAAUUAGCCGCCGAGAAGGUCCGCGGUAAGGGCGCCAAUCCCACCCUGAUGGGCGAUCCCAGCGACCUCAAAGCCGAGACGAGCGACGCGCCCGACGACUCGGUCGAGGACAACAGCCCUUCUUCUCCUCCUCCUUCCACGUCCGCGGACAGCGGUAGCAAGGGCGGUAAGCAGGGUCUGGGAAGCGGCAACGCCGGCGUGGACUUGACGGUUCCCCGUGCGUCGCUCGAGGGUGAUCCCAAGGCGGAGGGGGAGGAAAAGGGGGUGGUGGUUGGGAUUGGCGAAGGGGCGGGGCCCAUUGGAGGGGUGAGGAAGGAAGGGUCUAAGUCCAAACUGUGAUGCGUUUUGCUUUGUGCUUUUGUCUUCUCCCUGGGCGGAAGGGGCUAAGCGGGAGAUUCGGAAUCAACUGAGGUGAGAAAGUCCCUCUCCGGGAGGGAUGGUGGGUGAGGCUUUGCUGUGCGUCUUUGUCGCUUCCGCGUCCCUGUUCAGUGAUGUUUACC